AUGGACGAGGGACAAAAACUGCACAUCGUCAUUGCGGGAGGGUCGCUGGGAGGCCUUGCAACUGGCCUGGCGCUGAAGAGUCUGGGUCAUGACACAAUCAUAUUAGAGCGAAAUCCGACACCUCUGCUUCAAGAUCAAGGCGCUGGAAUAGUGGCUGGAGGCGAUACUCUCAGAUUUCUCAAGACCUAUAUACGAUGUGAUAGACCCGUCGCAGUCAGCUCCCGCAAGCGGCUUUACCUCGAAAAGGAUGGCAACAUCAUCCACACUGAGGAGAUGGAACAGAACAUGACAUCAUGGGACUUGACAUACAAUCUUAUGCGGGCAAACUAUGACUACACCAAGAAUGACUAUUGUGAAACGCCUUCACCUCUACCAAAUGAGGGCAAAGCAGUACACCUGCACGACCGAAAGGUCACGGGGUUCAAGCCGGAAGGCAAGGGCAUUCGGGUGGAAUGGGAGUCUGGUGACGGAGAGAAAGGCAGUAUCGUGGCCGACUAUUUGAUCGGUGCCGACGGUCCCAGCUCCACGAUCCGCAAGAUACUGGAGCCCGAGGUCCAGCGCAAGUUCACGGGCUACUGCGCCCUGAGGGGCACGGUCCCCGAGAGCGAGGUCAGCCAGGCAGCCAAAGAUGCAUUCAGCGAGCGGUUCACGUUCUUCCACGCCAGCGGGGUCCAGAUCCUGGCGUACCUGAUCCCGGGGAAGAACGGCACCACCGAGCCGGGCCAGCGCCUCGUCAACUUCGUGUACUACACCAACUUCCCCGAGGGGUCAGACGAGCUCGAGGAGGUCCUGACCGACAAGAACGGCCAGCGCAGGCACAUCACGAUGCCGCCCGGGAUGAUGCCGCCGGCGGCCUGGGAGAAGCAGAAGCAGAUCGCGCGGGACAGGCUGCCGCCGCAGUUCGCAGAGAUCGUAUGCAAGACGAAGGCGCCCUUUGUGCAGGCGAUCACGGACGUCAUCACGCCCACAAACGAGUACAUGGACGGCAGGGUGAUCUUGGUGGGGGACGCCCUCGCGGGGUUCCGGCCGCAUACCGUGGCGUCGACGUCGCAGGCUUGCUUCGAUGCUAUGGUUCUCGCCGACUACCUUGGAGGCAAAAUCUCACACGAUGAUUGGAAGAAGCAGACUCUGGGAUUCGCUAGGUUGAUACAGAAGAGGGGUGUAGAUAUGGGCAACCGGAGCCAGUUCAAGGAGCUGCCGCUUGAGGAGCAUAUUCGCGAUCGAAAUGUUGCUAGCACGCCGAGAGAUAGGGAGGUCUUCCCAGAUUGGGCAACAGAAAUCUGA